AUGAAUAAUCUCACUGGUCAAAUCCCACUAAGCCUUGGAUUUCUUACAAGGCUUCAAGUUCUUCAUCUUUCUAAAAAUCGUCUAUUUGGAAAUGUUCCAUUGUCCAUUUUCAGUUUGUCUUCUUUAAAGGACAUUGAUUUGUCUCGGAAUUAUGAGUUAACUGGGAGUUUGCCAAAUGAGAUAUGCACUAAUCUGCCACUGUUGGAAUAUAUAUCCCUGCAAUAUAAUCAAUUUGUGGGUGAACUUCCUAAAGGUUUAAAUAAAUGCACCAAACUUGAAGUUCUGUCCUUGUCUUAUAACAAAUUCACAGGAAAUUUACCAAGAGACAUGUGGAACAUGUCAAAGGUUCAAGAACUGUUUAUUGGAUGGAAUAACUUUACAGGAGAUAUACCAAGUGAAAUGUACCUACCAGCUAUCCGGAAAUUGAGUCUUCGAAGAAACGAGUUAGUUGGAAUACUACCACCAUCUCUUGGGAAUUUGUCAACUUUGGUAAUGAUAGACAUUGGUGAAAAUAAAAUUCAUGGUAAUAUUCCUCCACAACUAGGACAUCUCUCUAGUCUUGAAGGACAAUAUUUUGGAUCGAACGCGCUAUCAGGUGAAGUUCCUGUUAGAAUUUUCAACAUUUCUUCACUAAAAGUAAUAGCACUUGCUGCGAAUACUCUGUCCGGUAAACUUCCUACAAACUUAGGCUAUAGUCUUCCAAAUCUUGAAGGACUUUAUCUUGGGAUUAAUAAUUUUAGUGGUAAACUUCCUAGCUCAAUCUCAAAUGCCACUAUGCUCAAAUUUCCUGAUCUUGAAAGGAACAUGUUUAGCGGAAACGUACCAAUUGAUCUAGGACUAAAUCUCAGGCAGAUUCAAAGCAUCAACUUUAAGAGGAAUAUGUUGGGCUAUUGCCCAUGUUCCAACAAAGGCCCAUGGCCUAAUCCUACUUGA